CGACAACCAUGGCUUUUUUAAAUCAAAGCCCCUACAUGGCAACGUUAUCUGGAGGAAUGGAACAAGGAAAAAUCCAUAAACAGAAAGAUUCCACUAAAUCGGAAUAAUUUGCCAAAUGUAGCCAUUUCAGCCAUCUUUAAUGUUUUAAUUGCUGUUAGAAUCAUUACAGGAAAUAUAUUCUGUGAAAUGGCCUGGAAAUCCAAAGCUUGGUGAAGGGAAACCUGAAAAUCAAAAUCAUGCUAUUAUAUUUACACGUGGAAAUGCAAUACAGACCAUUGAUAUGAUUCAGGAUAAUUACUUUGAGGAGGCUUUGAAGGUGAGAAAUUUUCUUGAAGAAUUUUACCGUGACCAUGGAGUUCGCCCCCCUACUAUUCUUGGUGUUACGGAGCAUGUGUUUACUGGAAGUGUUUCUUCUUUAGCAUCCUUCAUGUCUAAUCAGGAAUCUAGCUUUGUGACUCUUGGCCAACGUGUUCUAGCAAAUCCUUUGAAGGUUCGUAUGCAUUAUGGUCAUCCAGAUGUCUUUGAUAGACUAUUCCAUAUAACUAGGGGUGGUAUCAGCAAAGCAUCUCGCGUCAUAAAUAUUAGUGAAGAUAUUUUUUCUGGGCAAUGUUACUCACCACGAAUACCUCCAGGUUGGCAAGGGAAGAGAUGUUGGACUCAAUCAGAUUCUUUGUUUGAGGGGAAAGUUGCAGGUGGUAACGGGGAACAAGUCCUUAGUAGAGAUGUCUACAGGCUUGGUCAGCUUUUUGAUUUCUUCAGAAUGCUAUCGUUCUACUUCACAACUGUGGGAUACUACUUUUGCACCAUGUUAACAGUGCUCAGUGCCUACAGUUUUCUCUAUGGGAGAGCCUAUUUGGCAUUAUCUGGGGUUGGUGAAACGAUUCAAGAAAGAGCAGAUAUAUUUGAUAAUACUGCACUAAAUGCUGCUCUCAAUGCACAGUUUCUUUUUCAGAUUGGUGUAUUUAGUGCAGUGCCAAUGAUUUUGGGUUUCAUCUUGGAACAAGGAUUCCUGAGAGUAUGUUAUUCAUCUCUUGAUUUUCAGCGGUUAUCAUUUAUUCAAAAUGCAGCUAUUCCUUCAAAAAGUUUAUGUUUCGUAUAAUUGUUAUUUAUUUCUUUGGAAAUGAAUGCCAGAU